AUGGAGCUUCAGGGGGCCGCUUCUAGGCUUCGCUCCCAGUGUGCUCAGAGAGAGGCAGACAAUCGAAGUCUGACAGAGCUGCUGCAGGACCGGGAAGAGCAGCUGUUUCAGUUGCGUGCCGAUCAGCUGCUUCUGCAGAAAACAGUUUUGGUGUGGUCCAGCUACCACAGUCUGUUUACCCAGCCCCUCUUCGAGACGUGGCUGGCGCUGGGAAAGUGUCAGUGUGAAGCACAACAGCUGUUGAUUCACGGGAUGCUGCGCGAUCAACAACGAAAGCGCUUACACUCCGCGGUGGUGGAAGGGAAAAGGGUACAGGAGAAAGCGGCCCUGCGGACGCAGGUGCAGCGGCUGCAGGAGCAGAAUGACUCCAACGACCAACAGCAUGCUGCUAUGGAAGUACGACUGGAGCGUGUCUCAGAGGAGUCACAACGGGCCCAACAGCAGGUGUCAGCAUUGCAGAAGGAUUUGGCACGCUGCAUGAAGCGGCUGGAGGAGAGCGAGCGAGAGCUCGAGCACGAGCGCGUCCAACGGCAUCUCCUUCAACAUGAGGCAGCUUUACCAAAAACACGACGCAACGUUGUUAACAUGCGGCAAUAUGAAGAUGAGAUUCUCUCGAGGGAUGCCGUCAUCGCGCAUCUGCAGCAAGCGGUGCGGGAGAUGAACGUACUUGUGGCGCAGCAGCAGUCCUCGCGGUCAGAAAAGACGGAUGGUGUCAAAACGUUGCCUCCAUACGAAGCAGAGGAAAAACAGUUGACUGCCAGUUCACGGAGGUUACGGAACGAUACCUGCGAUUUUGAAGGACGGCUACAUCAGUGCGUUAAGAGAUUGCGUCAUGCAGUGGAGAAUGAGGACAGUUCCUCUACUCACCGGCGUCCCCUGUUUGUUUACCGCGACACCCUCGGCCAUCCUUCAGCAUCGUUAUCGGCCUCUCCAUGGGCGAAGGAGCCGGGUGAUGGCAGCUGUAUUGGUCUGCAGGAUUUUCUAGCGCAAGAGCUACAGGCUCCUUUGCUGUAA